AGUGCCAUCGCCGAACGCAACGGUUCUCAGCCUGUGCGUCCGAGCCCUGUUAAUAUAUUAUGAUGGACGACAAGGAGAAUACAGGACCUCCUAUACAGUGUGGAUAUUGUGGUUGGUUCAUUGGGGCCUUACUGAACACAAGUUUAUCGAGACAUAAAUGUUUCGAAUUGUAUAAUGAUGAGACACAAUUGAUACAUAUAGACGACAAUAACAAAGUUACGAUGAGUAAGUAUAGCCUAAUAACAAGUGCAUUAAUUACAAUGUGUAACAGUUCUGUUAUCGAUACUAGAGUUUUAUUAUAUAUAUACAUUUUUUUUUAACAGUUGAAAAAGUUCAGUCAUCAGUCAGUCAUCAGUCAGUCAUCAGUCAGUCUGUGACUGAUUCAGAGGAUUAUAAUGAAUGCCUCAUUGCUGCAGUCCAAGCAAGACCAGGAUUAUACGAUCAUCGAAUUCCGGUGAAAGAAAGAACAAGUUUAAAAAAGAAAGCUUUAUGGAAAGAAGUCCUUAAUGUGUUGGGAGAACAAGAAAACAAUUUGGAACGGGUGCAAAAAAGGUGGAAGCAAUUGCGCGAUUGCUAUACUAAAGCAAAACGUAGACAGUACAUUCCAAGCGGAUCAGCUGCAAGUUCAAAUACCUCGAAAAAAGGUUUCGGUUUCUAUGACCAGAUGAAGUUUCUUGAUGACGUUGUAGGGAAAUCAUCGACUAUCUCCAGCUUGCCGGAUAAACGGGAUAAAAAUAUUGAUGAUAUAGAUUCAGCAAUUGACGAACCUCUACUGGUCAUGCAACCUCAAACAUUGAACACUUCUACUGUAAUUGAACAGUCAGCGAGCGAUGUUUUCCUAUCGCCGAGUCAGCAGCAACCAAAUGUUUCACUAUCGCCGAGUCAGCAGCAACCAAAUGUUUCACUAUCGCCGAGUCAGCAGCAACCAAAUGUUUCCCUAUCGCCAAGUCAGCAGCAACCAAAAGCAAAAAAAUCAAAAAACUGUAAUAAUAUCUCCGAUGUAAAAGAGGUAAUUUUAUCAGCCCUGGAAAGCGACUCUAAGAGAAAUCCAGACGCCGUCGAUGGAUUUUUUCUUCAAAUAGGAGAUAGAGUACGAGCCCUUCCAGCACGUGAGAGGGCUCAGUUUGAGAUGCAAGUCCUAGCGCUACUAUUUGAGUUUGAACAAAAAUUUUCUCUUUUUUAGUCUUAUUUUUUGUCAAGAAACAUAUUUAUCGGGCGUUAAGCUCGGCACGUUGAUAGCACAUUUUCCGUUUUUCGUAGAAAGUCAAUGAAUUAAUCCGAAAAAAUAUUUAGUUUUUUUCUUUUCUUCCUUCUUUUUUUUUAAUUUAAAAUCGUUAUAAAGUUACCGAAUUAAAGAGAAAGUGGACAAUGAACACUCUGCAGCUUUGUGAACGCAAUACGGAAAUAAAUUAUUUUACAUAUUCGCAAAUACGCGUUGGAAUUACUUAAAAAAUUAACGCAAUUAAAAUACUUUUUUUUAUCCCACGGACAAAUAUAUGCGUCAGAGGUACGAUACGAUUAAUAAACCGUGACGAUACACGUUGCGAAAUCAAAAUUAAAUUGCAUUUGGAAAUAACCGAGGUGGCAAUACGAAUUCAUAAAAUUUAAUGUUGCAUAAUAUCGAUUAAUGAAAGUAAUUUGGUUCAUAAAGGUGUGAGUGAGAUUGAUUUCUUUCUCGGCGCUGUAAAUGAACGCUCGUCCGCACUUUCUCUGUAUAUUUUGUGUUGUGAUAUUAUUCGCUGUAAAACGUAUUCUCAAUCAGUGAUAUAUAUUGUAAUGAUUACUUGUAAUAAAAAUAAAUCUGAUUAACUGAGUUAUUGUCACUGA